GGAACUUCGAUAUUUCUCUGAUUAUUUAAUGUGCAUUGCAUAGACAAAAACCUAGAGACGAGAGAGAAAAGCCAGAGCUAGAGAGAGACGGGGAAAAGAGUAAAAGAGAUUUACAGAAUUCAAAACCUAUCAUGGAUUCGUCUCAAGGAAAGGGAGAGGGAGACAAAACAAAGAAAAAGGAGAAUCCAACAACUCAGGCGAAUCAACGUGGUGCAUCUCAGCCGCAACCUCCUCAAACCCUCAACGAGAUGUCUAGAUACUACAGUGAUGCUAAUCUGCCAACCCUAGAAUCUUAUUUCUGUUCUCUCUCCGUUGCCGAUUCAAGUGCUCGUCAGCAGAAUCCGUUUCCUGAUAACCGUUGGACCAAUGGAUCGUCUUCAUCGUCGUCAAUCAAUGGCGGCGCUGGUGAUGGGCCAUGGAAUAGUAACAAUGGUGUUUUCCUAAACGGAAACUCGCAAAACGUUCCUUACUACUCAAGAGGUCGUUAUUGGGCUUCCACCAAUGGGUACAACAGUUCGUGGAGGAGGAGGAGCAACCAAGGCUCCUUGAACAGCCAUGUGUCUUUUGGGAACCCUAGAAUGAGAUCGAUUGCUUCGCUUGCUAAAGAUCGGAGUUCGAGUGCUGAGUUACAAAGGAAGAUCUCUGAGGGUUCCAAGGAGACCAUUGAUGUGAUCUUCGAGGGUGUUAUCUUUCACGUCUGUGACUUGAUGGUUGACCCUUAUGGUCAUCACGUUAUCAUGAAGCUUAUGGAGAGAUGCAACUCUGAACAGAUCAGUCGGAUUGUUGAUGUGAUCACUCAGCAACAGUUUCGAUUUGUUGACAUUUGCAUCGAUUCUUUCGGAGCCCUUUCGGUAAGGUCGCUGUUGAAGUGGCUUCGAUCUGAGGAACAAAUUGUGCGAAUAGUGCGAGCUAUCAGCUUGGGAGCACUUGCAUUUACAAGUAGCGGCAAUUCAUUUGCGAUGAUUCUCCAAUGCUUCAAGCAGUUUCAUCCCUUGCUCACUGAGGAACUUCUUGAGGUUAUCGCUCAAAACUGUUUGCGGAUAGCAACUGAUGAAUACGGCUGCCGCAUGCUUCAACAAUGUCUUGGCAUUGGUUGUAACGUUGUAAAGCAACGAUUGAUUCAGGAGAUAAUCGCUAACGCGUUCAGACUCUGCGCUGACUCCUUCGGAAACUACGUGGUCCAGUAUCUACUGGAGCUCGGUGAUCCAAAUGUGACAUUUUCGCUCAUAAAUCAGCUGCUAGGGAACUUUGCGCACCUCUCCCGUAACAAAUUUGCAAGUCAUGUUGUGCAAAAGUUCUUGAAUAUAAAGUAUAUCGACCCUAGCUCGAUCGUACUCGACUUGCUUAGGGAUAUUGAUACACUUCUUUGUGACCCGUUUGGAAACUAUGUCAUUCAAACGGCAUGGUCUGUCUGUACGGGCGAGUUGCGCAUGAUCUUGAUGAGGCAUAUUGAUCGUAAUAAACCAUUGAUGAGGUGCAACAUGUAUGGGAAUAAAAUUCUGCAGAAACUCGAUCUCUAGAGGAAAAAGAAAGAAUGUGCUUGCUUCAGGUUUUCUUUAAUGUCAUUGGUUUGUAUUUUUGACUUAAUCGUCGUUGGUUUUUUUAGGUGAGGUUUUUGUUGUUUUGUGAAAUCAUACACCAGUAUGUGUGUCCUGUAUUGGGAGAUUUGUGUUGGUGUGUUGUCUUCUUUAGCAACUGUCUGUAAAAGACUCCGACUGUUUUCUA